AUCGCCUGCAUCUUUCGCGCGUUUGGGGGCGUAUCGGCGCAAGGGAGUUGCAUCUGGCAGUCCUCCACCCUCGUUUGUUGCUUCCAUUAUGAUUCCCAGGAUGAUCGGCGCAAGUCGUCUGCUGCCCCACCGCCACAGAUGCCUCGACUGCAAAUUCCGACUCCUUCCACCUCCGAUUUCUCCCUCCGCAUUGGCUUUUCCCUCUGUGCGGCCACACCUCCCUUCUCCUGCCCGCCUGGCAUCACUUACCCGUCCACCAUAUAAGGCUGCUGGCCUCCGCUCAUUCUCGUCAACAGCAGCCAAAAUGACGGCCGCAAAAAUCGACGGAACGGCCAUUGCGAAAAGCUUGAGGCAGCGCAUCUCGAAAGAGGUUACCGAGAAGCAGGCCAAGAACCUUCGAUACAAGCCUAGCCUGGUCAUCAUCCAGGUUGGCGAUCGCCAGGACAGCUCGACCUAUGUGCGCAUGAAGCUCAAGGCCUGCGAAGAGGCCAACAUUGCUUGUGAGUUGGUCAAGUACGAUGAGUCAAUUUCUCGGUACGAAUUGCUGGAGAAGAUCGAGCAGUACAACAACGACUCGUCUGUCCAUGGCAUGCUGGUUCAGUUGCCACUGCCGAAGCACAUUAACGAAUACGAAAUCACCUCCGCGGUCGCCGAUCAGAAAGAUGUGGAUGGCUUCGGAGCGGUCAACAUUGGAGAAUUGGCCAAGAAGGGUGGCAGGCCUAUGUUUGUGCCAUGUACGCCGAAGGGUGUCAUGGCGCUCUUGAAAGAGAGUGGCAUUGAAGUUCGGGGCAAGAACGCCAUAGUCAUUGGUCGAUCCGACAUUGUUGGAGCACCUGUCAGCUAUCUGUUGAGAAAUGCAGAUGCUACUGUGACUGUGUGUCACUCAAAGACUGCCAACUUGAAGGAUGUGGUCAAGACAGGAGACAUCGUCGUUGCAGCGCUCGGUUCACCGGGCUUCGUCAAGGGAGACUGGCUGAAGCCUGGUGCUGUGGUCAUUGACGUUGGCACCAACCCAAUUCCCGACGAGACCAAGAAGUCUGGUCAACGCUUGGUGGGAGACGUCGACUACGAAUCUGCAGUCGAAGUUGCAAGCCAGAUCACACCUGUACCAGGAGGUGUUGGCCCAAUGACUGUUGCAAUGCUCCUCUCGAACGUCGUCGAUGCGGCAGAUGCAUACUUUGCACAGCAAAAGUCCCGACACAUCACACCGCUGCCACUCAAGCUCAAGCAGCCUGUUCCUUCGGACAUUGAAGUUUCAAGAUCACAGCACCCGAAGUUGAUCAACAAGGUCGCUGCUGAAGUCGGCAUUGCACCAUACGAGCUCGAGCCAUAUGGCGCCUACAAGGCCAAGGUUUCUCUCGAUGUGCUAAAGCGUCUCGAGCAUCGAAAGAAUGGACGUUAUAUUCUUGUCGCUGGUAUCACGCCAACACCUCUUGGCGAAGGAAAGAGCACUACCACUAUUGGUCUCACACAAGCACUUGCUGGUCAGCUUGGACGAAUUGCAUUCGCCAACGUGCGUCAGCCAUCGCAAGGCCCUACCUUUGGCAUUAAGGGCGGUGCAGCUGGUGGUGGCUACAGUCAGGUCAUUCCUAUGGACGAAUUCAACUUGCACUUGACUGGCGACAUUCACGCCAUUACAGCAGCGAACAACUUGCUCGCUGCAGCAAUUGACACGAGAAUGUUCCACGAGGCCACACAAAAGGACGCCGCUUUGUACAGCCGUCUUGUGCCCAAGAAGAAGGGUGGCCGUGAAUUUGCGAAGGUCAUGUUCAAGCGCCUCAAGAAGCUUGGAAUUGACAAGACCAACCCUGACGACCUGACACCAGAAGAGAUCACCAAGUUCGCACGUCUCGACAUCGACCCAGAGACUAUCACAUGGCGCCGUGUGCUCGAUGUCAACGACCGUCACCUUCGUGGCAUAACUAUCGGUCAGGCACCGACAGAAAGCAAGGUCGAGCCACGUCAGACCGGUUUUGACAUCUCCGUCGCAUCUGAGUGUAUGGCAGUUCUUGCUCUCUCGACUGACCUUGCCGACAUGAGGGAUCGUCUUGGACGCAUGGUUGUUGCUUCUUCAAAGGCCGGUGAUCCAGUUACUGCUGACGAUAUCGGCGUUGGCGGCGCUCUUGCUGUAUUGAUGAAGGAUGCCGUGAAGCCAAACAUGAUGCAGACUUUGGAGGGAACUCCAGUCUUCGUUCAUGCUGGUCCAUUUGCCAACAUCUCUAUCGGUAACAGCUCUAUCAUCGCCGACCGUGUCGCCCUCAAGCUGGCUGGUACCGAGCCUGACGAGGAUGCCGACCGGAACGGCAAGGUUGGCUUCGUUGUCACUGAGGCCGGAUUCGACUUCACCAUGGGUGGCGAGCGCUUCAUGAACAUCAAGUGCCGCGCCUCUGGACUUGUGCCGGAUGUUGUUGUCAUCGUUGCCACCGUCCGCGCCUUGAAGGUCCACGGCGGCGGUCCAGAGAUCAAGCCAGGUGCACAGCUUGACGAGGUCUAUCGCACUGAGAACGUCGAUAUUCUUCGGGCAGGCUGUGUCAACCUUGCUAAGCAUAUCGCCAAUGCCAAGGCUUACGGUGUCAACGUUGUCGUUGCCAUCAACAAAUUUGAGACUGACACCGACGCUGAGCACCAAGUCAUCAGGGAGGAAGCCAUCAAGGCCGGUGCCGAGGACGCUAUUGUCGCCAACCACUGGGCCGAGGGUGGCAAGGGUGCCGUUGACCUCGCACAGGGAAUCAUCAAGGCUGCCGAGAAGGCCAAGCCGGAAGAUUUCCAUCUCCUAUACAAUACUGACGGCGACAUCCAAACACGCAUUGAGACUAUCGCCAAGGACAUGUAUGGCGCCUCGAAAGUAUCCUUCUCUGAGCUUGCACAGAAGAAGCUCGACACCUACACCAAGCAGGGUUACGGCAACCUCCCCAUUUGCAUUGCCAAGACACAGUACUCCAUAUCCCACGAUCCAGCACUGAAGGGUGCACCAACUGGCUUCGAGGUUCCUGUCCGCGACGUGCGCAUGGCAGCUGGUGCUGGCUACCUCUACGCUCUUGCGGCCGACAUUCAGACUAUUCCUGGUCUACCCACCGCACCAGGCUACCUCAACGUCGACCUCGAUGGCGAGACUGGCGAGAUUGACGGUCUCUUCUAAGCCGAGCCAUCUUGCUUUUGAAACGACGUAACACUUGCUAAUUCGUUUGAACUUGUUUUUUUUUUGUUUUGUAAGAUGAUACCAUGCCAAGCUGUUUCACCACACCGGCAAUGCAUUAGGCGCGACGUGUCUCUCGCGACCACCAUUACUGAAAGUUAUCGAAAACGACGGAAAGGAAACGGGUCAAUUUGUCACUCAACGUGAUUUAUAGCGAGGCGUUGGUGGUUGGAAGGGAAACCCUGAUUUAGAUAAUCGAUGCAAAAUAUGAAAGAAAGACAACAGCAGAAUGACUGC